GGCCGACCUGCCGCCGGAGCGGGCAACCAUGGGGGAGCUGGCGUUGGCCCUCCUGGCUCUGGCCGCCCUGCACGGGGCUGGGGGCACAGAACCCCUGGAGAACGACUCGGAGCCGGGGAAGAGCGGCACGGCCGGGAAGCCCUGGAAAGCAGCCCCCAACCUGGCAGACCUCGACCUGGACACGGCAGGCAGAGGAGCCGAGUGGACGUCCUGGUUCAACAUCGACCACCCCGGGGGGGACGGGGACUACGAGAGCCUGGAGGCCAUUCGCUUCUACUACCGGGGCCGCGUCUGCCAGCGGCCGGUGGCCAUCCAGGCCCGCACCACCGAGUGGGAGCUGCCCGAGGAGGUGGGCGAGGUGGUCCACGUCAGCCCCAAGAAGGGCUUUCGUUGCGUCAACAAGGAGCAGCCGCAGGGCAAGACCUGCUCCAACUACCACAUCCGCUUCCUCUGCCCGCUGGAGCAUAUCUACUGGUCACACUGGUCCUCCUGGAGCCCCUGCUCGCGCAGCGCCUGCGGCAGCAGCGGCAUCCAGACCCGCAGCCGCCGCUGCCUCAACGCCCGCCCGGUGGCCGCCCUCAAGGAGGUCAAGUGCAAGGGCAAAGCCGUGGAGCGCCGGCCAUGCAGCGCCGGCCCCUGCCCAGAGUCGGCGUGGAUGGCGUGGGGUGCCUGGGGCCCCUGUUCCCGCAGCUGCGGCAGCACCGGGACACGCGUCCGACGCCGGAGCUGCAAGAAAACCAAGAAGGUGCCGUGCCCCGGCCGCCCCGUCGAGGUGCAGAAAUGCCCCCCCUCGCCUUGCCCAGCCUGCCCUGGGCACACGCUGCAGGGCACGGUGGUCUCGGCCACCGGCGCGGCGCUGCCGGAUGCCCGCAUCUACCUGGAUGGCCACCCCCCGGUGCUGGUGGCCCAUAGUGAUGCCCGGGGGCACUUCUCCGCCGAGGGGGUGUGCGAGGGCACCGCUGCCAACGUCAGUGCCCACCGUGAAGGCUUCGCCCCCGGGCUGGCACCCCUCGUCACCAACGGCUCCGGCGCGGCGGUGGCACACCUGAUGCUGCAGAGGUUGGAGAAGCCCUACAUGGUGCUGCACCCCAAGUCCAAGGUGCGGGUGGCCGGGCAGGAGGUGACCUUCUGCUGCAAAGCCUCGGGGACCCCCGUCCCCAAGAAAUACUACUGGUACCACAACGGGACGAUGCUGGAGAAGAAGGUGCACCGGUACGGCCACCACCUGACGCUGCGGGGGCUGGCACCAGAGCAGGCUGGCACCUACCACUGCAAAGCCAGCACCGAGGCGGGCGCCAUCAGAUCGGCACCGGCACAGCUCACCGUGCUGGCCCAGGGCCAGCAGAGCUGCAAGCCGGAGCCUGAGCCCAGCCUGGUGGAGCUGCCCAGCGAGUGUCCUCAGGAUGCCACCGGCUCCCGCUACUACAACGUGGGUCGCUGCCCCCCAGCCCCGUGCGCCGGUGGCCCCGAUGGCCAGUCGGGGUGUGGGGCAGAGGCCGGGCUCUGCUGUGGGGUGCGGAGGAUGGAGAUGCGGGAGAUCCCCUGCGCCGGCUCCCUGCUGCCCGUCAAGGUGGUGGCCGAGUGUGGCUGCGGACCCUGCGCCCAGCCCCGCGUCCUGGUGCGGGGACGGGUGACGGCGGCCGACACCGGCGAGCCCCUGCGCUUCGGGCAGAUCUUCCUGGGUGGGAGGAAGGUGGGCUUCACCGGCUACAAGGGCUCCUUCACCAUCGAGGUGCCACCAGACACGCAGCGCUUGGUGGUUCGCUUCGUGGACCGGCAGCAGAGGUUCGUGGAUGCCAUCAAGGUCCUGCCCUUCAACCGCCGGGGAGGUGCCGUCUACCAGGAGGUCAAGAUGCAGCGGAAGAAAGAGCCGGUGGACCUGGAUGGCAACCAGAGCAACGCCAUCCCUCUGGGGGAGGCCAGCGGCCGGGAACCCGUCGGGGAGCUCGUCCUUCCUGCUGGUGCCUUCCUCCGUCCUUCUGGGGAGGUCUUCAAGGGCACGGUCAAAGCCAGUGUCACCUUCCUAGACCCCAGGGACAUGGCGACGGCUGGUGCUGCCUCCAGCGACCUCAGCUUCACCGAUGCCGAGGGGGAGAUCGUCCCCCUGCGGACCUACGGCAUGUUCGCCGUGGAUUUUCGGGAAGGGGAGAGCGGGGCGGCGCUGCAGACGGGGCCGGUGGAGGUGCGGAUGGACGCGGGGCAGGUCUGGAUGCCGGAGCACCUGCAGAAGAUGAAGUUGUGGUCCUUGAACCCCGAGACUGGCUUGUGGGAGGAGGAAGGGGUCCUCCGGCCGGCCGGGGGGAACCGAGGGAAAAGGGAGGAGAGGACCUUCCUGGUGGGGAACCUGGAGAUCCGGGAGCGGCGUCUCUUCAACCUGGAUGUGCCGGAGGACCGCCGCUGCUUCGUCAAGGUCAGGGCUUACAGCAACGAGAAGUUCAACCCCUACGAGCAACUGGAAGGGGUGGUCAUCAGCCUCAUCAACCUGGAGCCCCAGCCUGGUUAUUCCUCCAACCCCCGGGCGUGGGGUCGCUUCGACAGCGUGGUGACGGGUCCCAACGGUGCUUGUCUACCCGCUUUCUGCGAUGGCCAGCGCCCUGACGCCUACUCGGCCUACGUCACCGCCACGCUGGGUGGGGAGGAGCUGGAAGCUGUGGCCUCCAGCCCCAAGCUCAACCCCAACGCCGUUGGGGUGUCCCAACCUUACCUGGGCAAGCUGGGUUACCGCCGGUUGGACCACGAUGACCCCAACUUGAAGAAGACAGCUUUCCAGAUCAACGUGGCCAAGCCUGACCCCAACAACGUUGACGAGACCAAUGGUCCCAUCUACCCUUACCGGAGCCUCGAGGAGUGUGAGGAGGCACCAGUCAGUGCCAACCACCUCCGUUUCUACCGCGUGGAGGUGGACAAGUAUGAAUACAACGUGGUGCCCUUCAAGGAGAGCGACCUGACCUCCUGGACCGGCGACUACCUCUCUUGGUGGCCCAACCCUCAGGAGUUCAGGGCAUGUUUCAUCAAGGUGCGGAUCGAGGGGCCGCAGGAGUACAUGGUGAGGUCCCGUAAUGUGGGGGGCAGCCACCCCCGCACCCAGGGGCAGCUCUAUGGGCUGCGGGACACCCGUAGCGUGCGGGACAUGCUGCUGGAGAACACCUCGGGCGCCUGCGUGGAGUUCAAGUGCAGCGGGAUGCUCUUCGACCAGAGCUUGGUGGAUCGCACCUUGGUCUCCAUCAUCCCCCAAGGCAGCUGCCAACGCACGGCCGUCAACAGCCUGCUCCGGGAGUACCUGACGCGUCACCCGCCGGUGGCGGACAACAACCACACGGCCGCCUUCACCAUGCUGGCCCCGGUCGACCCCUUGGGUCACAACUACGGCAUCUACACGGUGACGGACCAGAACCCGCGCUUGGCCAAGGAGAUCGCCAUCGGCCGCUGCUUCGAUGGCACCUCCGACGGCUUCUCGCGGGAGAUGAAGGCCGACACCGGCACGGCCGUCACCUUCACCUGCCAGGAGCGGCCGGCGGGGAGGGAGAGCUUCUUCCAACGCCUCCUCACCUCCCCGGCCGAGGCGCUGGCCGAGAUCCGGCGGGAGAUGGGGGCCGGCGAGAUGCGCCGGGCUCCCCCCGAGGUGAUGGACUUUGCCUCCGGCGCCCGAGCCCCGGGCCCCACGGCCACCCGCCGGACCCCCAGCGGCCAGCGGAGGAUGGGCCGGGUGCGGGGGCAACCAUGA